AUGGGUGUUCCAGAAAUCAUGUUCAGGGUAUCUUAUAUGGCUAUACUCAUCAAAUUGGCCAUGGCUACAAAUUACAUUGUUGGAGGACCAAAUGGUGGGUGGGACACAAACUCAAACCUUCAAUCAUGGGCCUCAUCCCAAGUAUUUUCAGUGGGAGACAGUCUUGUUUUCCAGUAUCCGCCAAACCACAACGUGGUUGAAGUUACAAAGGCUGACUAUGACUCAUGCCAGCCAACAAACCCAAUUCAGUCUUACAAUGAUGGCGCCACCACCAUCCCUUUGACUUCACCAGGUAAAAGAUACUUCAUCUGUGGGGCAAUAGGACAUUGCAGCCAAGGAAUGAAGGUUGAAAUAGACACUCUUGCCAGUGCAACAACUUCUGCCAUACCAGCAGCAUCUCCUGAAGAUUCUACUACUUCACCUGCAGAAUCUCCUGAAGAUUCUACUAUUUCACCUGCAGAAUCUCCGGAAGAUUCUACUAUUUCACCUGCAGAAUCUCCUGAAGAUAGUCCCACAGCACCAAGUCCUUUUUUCCAAACACAUCUAGAAAGUCCUAUAUUCCCUCCAGUCAUUCCUUCUACUGAAUUUCCUGCUUCUGCUUCACCUCUAGCACAACAUUCAUCUGACCUGUCAGCUUCUCCAACCAGGAAAGGAAAUCUACAAGCCUCGGUUGCGGUUGUGCUAUGCUUUUUAAUGAUGUUUAUGGCCUUCUAAGGAUGGGAAAAAUCUCACUCAACUGUUGCUUGUGAGCUUAUUCCAUGUGAAAUUUUUUUUUUGGUGUUCUCUUUGUUGGUUUGGUGUGGUUAUUGGCUUAUUGCUUACAAAUUCAGAGAUGUACUAUCAUGAGCAUGUCUUAUUAGUCAAUGAUAUUUGAUUUUAGACCCUACUA